AUGGCCUUCCUCGAGCUCUUCGAGAGGGUCAACGAGGUGCUUCUGGAGGUCCGAGUGACAGACCCUGCCGCCGACGCCGAGAUUACCAUCUUCGGGCGCAGGAAGUACCAGGAGCGCGCCGAGUGGCUGCUGCAGGCCAUGGCCGACAGGCACUUUAAGAUGGAAGGGCGUCUGCAACGGAAAGACAUCCCGCCUUGGGUGAAAGUCCCCGAAGACUUGAAAGCUCCGGAGACGUUCGAGGUCCCAACGAACUUGCUGACGCUGGUAUUUGGCCCAAAUGGAUCCCGAAUCCCCUACCUUGAGCAAGUGAGCCAGACUAUGCUCGAGCUGAAGGUUCUGGAAUGCUCGAACUUCACCAGGGUGGUGGUCUAUGGUCCUGAAGUGUACAAGUUACGGGCCAAGGGGAUGUUUCAGUCUCUGACCGAGUGGCACCGCCUUCGACAAGAGCGAGGGAUGCAGAGACUUGAAGAAGCCAUGAACACCCUGGAAUUAGGCCUUGGAUUGAGUGAAGGUUUUAGCCACGGUGACUAG